UCCUCGCGGCCGGUCACGGAGCCUGUCCCCGGAAGCGAGAGCGGCGGCGGCGGUGGUGCUGGGCCCGGCCGGCUCCGGUGCGUCGAGCAAGCGCCCUUAAGCCGACGUCGCUGACUGGAGAAGCGGAAGGCGAUGCAGCGGAGGGCGCCCGUCGCCGCCGGCAGCGGCCCCAGAGGCGCGGAGUGAGGCGGCCCACGGAAAGGCCCCGGCGAGCGCCCCUGUCGCCAACCCCGCCACCCCCGGCCUCCUCAGCGCCCCGGCGGCGCUCGCCCGCCCGCCCGGCUGGCCCCGUCAGGCGCCUUUUCCCUGCGCUGCGGCGGGCGGAGGCGGAGGAAGGACAGGCCCAUGGAAGGGAACCGCGACGAGGCGGAGAAAUGCAUCGAGAUCGCCCGCGAGGCCCUGGAGGCCGGCAACCGGGAGCGGGCGCUGCGCUUCCUCAACAAGGCCCAGAAGCUCUACCCGACCGAGACCGCCAAAGUGUUACUGGAAGCAAUUUCAAAGAACGGGAGUGCUGCCGGGAGUGGUGCUUACUGUCGAAAACCAGCAAGUGGAAGUGAUAAGAACAAACCCAAUAACAUGAAGGACAGCAGUGCAUCUGCUGCAGGUGAAAGUGGGAAGACCUACACCAAAGAUCAAGUGGAAGGAGUGCAAAGUAUAAAAAAAUGUAAAAAUUACUAUGAAGUCCUUGGAGUGUCCAAAGAUGCAGGUGACGAAGACUUGAAGAAAGCUUAUCGAAAGCUUGCUCUGAAGUUUCAUCCGGACAAAAAUCAUGCACCAGGAGCAACAGAAGCUUUUAAAAAGAUCGGAAAUGCAUAUGCUGUGUUAAGCAAUCCAGAAAAACGAAAGCAAUAUGACCUCACAGGCAGUGAAGAGCCAUGCAGCCAUCCUGGCAACGGUAGAUUUAACUUCCACAGGGGAUGUGAAGCAGAUAUUACUCCAGAGGACCUUUUUAACAUGUUCUUCGGCGGGGCAUUUCCAACAGGCAGUGUGCAUUCAUUUUCUAAUGGAAGGUCUGGCUACAGUCACCAUAAUCAACAUCGUCAUAGUGGGCAUGAAAGAGAAGAGGAGAGGGGUGAUGGCGGCUUCUCUAUGUUCAUCCAGUUGAUGCCAAUUAUUGUGCUGAUCCUUGUCUCUUUGCUGAGCCAGUUGAUGGUGUCUAAUCCUCCAUACUCCUUAUAUCCAAGAUCGGGUUCAGGACAGACCAUUCAGAUGCAGACACAAAACUUGGGUGUUGCUUAUUAUGUCAACAAGGACUUUAAAAAUGAAUAUAAAGGUGCAAAUUUGCAGAAGGUGGAAAAGAGCGUGGAAGAGGACUACGUGUCCAACAUUCGAAAUAACUGUUGGAAAGAGAGGCAACAAAAAACAGAUUUACUGUAUGCAGCAAAAGUGUACAGAGACGAACGUCUUCGAAGGAAAGCAGAAGCCAUCUCCAUGGACAACUGCAGAGAGUUAGAACGGUUGACCAGUAUCUAUCGGGGAGAAUGAGCUAGAUCCUGAAAUGUACUGCCUGUACAUGCACUCUCUCUCUCUCUCUAUGUAUAAAAAGAAAAAUCUGUAAACUGAGAAAAUACUAUUCUGUCAUGAAAAGGAAGAGGGAUGUAAAACUGCUGUCUAGCUGUUUCCAAAAACCUUACCCUGAAGUACCAAUAUAAUUUAAUAGCAUCUUAGUCUGAAAUAUAUGACAAGGUCAUAUAUUUACAUCAUUGAAUUGUCAUUUAAGUUUUACUCCCAGAGCUUCUGUGAUUUCUUUUUCUACAAGAAGCAGCUCCAAUGUGCUGCUACGCUUGUGGAGAUGUAGACAUAGUGGUUCUUCUUCUGAAAUACUUGCCAUGUAAAUAUGUGUGGAAAAAGAAGACUUGUGUAUAUAAAAAUGUUUAAAGAAAUCUCAAAGGCAUUUAGAUGCAUUAAACCCUUUAAUCUCAUGGAUGGAACAAAUAGUAUGACUACAUCAUUCCUUAUUCAGAUGUCAAGUGUGUGGAAUUGAAAGAAAACAGGAACAAAUUUCUCUCUGCAUAAAAUCUACUAGGUUGAAGGAGUAUUUUUUAAAAAGUAAUUGGCCAUGUGGAUUUCUUAUGAGAUGAUUGGAUAAGACUGGCUGAUACCAGAGUUUCAGCAUUCAUGCUGUAGUUUUAAUACUGUAUAUCUAAGCAGUGACAAACCAGACAUCUGUACCAGACUGUUUCUUGCUAAGUGGCACACUGGCACCAAAAAAGAGAAGUGCACAGAUACUGCUUUUGGUAUUUAAUCACAUUCUGUUUUGGUGUUC